AUCAGUAGUUUUAAAUCCAGAAACAGUGUCUCACCUGGCAAUAGACAUUAAUUGUAAACAAACGUGCUUUUGCAAUAUUUGAAACUUUGUAUGUAAUAACUAAAUAAUUAACCGUUAACGAAAUUUACAAUACUGAAUAAUCGAUUCUUCACAGAUCAGUAUGUCAGUCUACCACGAUGAAGUUGAGAUCGAGGAUUUUGAAUAUGAUGAAGAGACAGAGACCUAUUAUUAUCCUUGCCCAUGUGGGGAUAAAUUUGAAAUAACUAAAGAAGAUUUAGCAAACGGUGAAGAUGUUGCAACUUGUCCAAGUUGCUCUUUAGUUGUUAAAGUUAUUUACAAUUUGGAAGAUUUUCAGGAAAAUGAUGAAGUUAAAACUACAAAAUCUGAAAAGAAACAAUUAGAAGUGGCUAGAUAACCACUUUUCCAAAAGUUCAUUAUAAAUUUUGUGAACAAGCAAAGCUUUUUUAUUUUAUUAUUUGUAUAUACAUAAUGCUACUUUGCUUUUUAUUUGAUUCUUUAUUAAAUAAGAUUCUGUAAUUACGUAAUUGUUGACAUAUUUUUACAUCUCAUGUUUUUUUAACCUCUUCUGAAUGUUUAUCACCUUAGUUGAUUUUAAUGAUCAAGUAACAUUAUGGCUGUUGAAUUUAAAUUUUCUCUUUAUAUUGACCAUUUAUUUGACCUUUUAUUUAACCAUUUGUCUAAGUGAGCUCUCAAAAAGUUUAACCACAAGUGGUCAACUUACACAGGUGUAUUUAAUGUAAAAUUUUAAUUAUGCUUAUAAUUUUUAAUUAUAUUAAUGUAAAUUUGGAGUUUAAAUUGAAACUGUAAAUAUGGAUGUUGGCCUAUUCAUUUUUUUCCUGUUAAUUUUGUCAAACUCUAACAAAUCAACUUAUUUCUAGUGUUGUGUGCCCUUUAUUUUCAAUGGAACUUUUUGAAGAAAAAAAGAAUGGAAAACUUUUCAGAUUAUUUCAAUACUUUAUUUACUUCAAGUGUUUUACAGUCCUUUAAAAAGAAAUUAAACAUCUGCAAUGUUGCAAUAGUGCUGCAGUAUUUUUAAUUGUCUUAAAAUGUUUUGCAAUCAUACUGACAAUUUUUUCAUCACUUUCUUCCGAAAUAAGAAAGAAGAGAUUACCUGCAAACUAGGAAAAUAGAAAGCAUAAUUAUUACAUUACAGAAAUUAAAAAUAAAAAAAAGUCUUAAGUAAAAUUAAACUAAUGCUUACCUUUUUUAUUUUUUCAUUCUUAUAUUCUGAUUUAUUUCCUCCUAAUUUCAAGUUUUCUGCUUUUUUUGGAGUAACUACUGCUUGUUCAUAAUCAUCAUUCUGUGAAUGAAGCGAAAAAAAUUAAAGGCAGUGCAUGAGGUGAAAAUAAAUUAUUUGGUACUAACGGGCAGUUUAUAAAUAUUCAAGAUGGAGGCAAGAUAUUUUAUAUUGAUAAGAUGAGGAAAAGUUCAGUUUUUGAUUUUAUUUAUGCAAGUUUUACACUAUCAGUUUUUUAAAGUUUUAAAUAUUUUCAUAGGUUUAGAUAACAUGACUUGAAAUAAAAGUACUUUUGAAUCACUUGAUUUAAAUCCAUAAAAUUCAAGUUCAUCAUUUGUGCAAAUUGAUUAAACUGUAAAAUUAAUUCUUUUUAAAAGAAAACUAUGAAUUACAUAGCCCUUUUAGCAAAUAUUUAAUAGUUUUUUUUUUCUUCACUAUUGAACAUUCUUUUAAAAAUCAGUUUUGUUGUUUUAAUUGCUUUGAUUUUAUGUUUGAUAUCAAAAUUUUAGAUAUUGAAUUUGUAAAUAGUUAAUUUUUAUUCAAUAUUUUAAAUUUCUUUCUUUUUUUAUUUGUUAUUUUUGCUAAUAGAUCAGAAGUAAUUGGGUUUGCACUGUUUAAAAUAUUUUCUUUAGUAAAUAGUUUUUAAUAACAAUCUUGAAUAGUAGGAUCUUAUUAAAAUCAAAUUGCAGAAUAAUAGCAUAUUUUUUGAAGGAAAAUAGAACAUAUUUUAAAAAAAAUUAUCAAUAAAAUCAACAUUUUUACCAGUACCGAUUUACCAGACAAUGAGAUUUCUUAAUUUUCACUGAUUUGCAAUUUGUUUCCCGGUAAAAGAAAAAUAAUGUAAAUUUACCUUUGGUAAAUUAGAUAAUCGAUAUUUUAAAAUGAAUUCUUCUUCGGAUACUGUUUGAUUCUGUUCGAUGGAACCAAAGUCACAAAUAUUUGACAGCAAAGCAAUGCAGUCAUAAAUGUUGGAUUCCAGUUCUCGAUUCUGUAAACAAGUGUUUUAAUUAUUUCAUUUGUUGUGUUAAAGUAUAGUUUAUUUUAUUUUUUUAUCUUUUUGAAUAAUGCUAUUCAAAUAUGAUUACAGAGUCACAAAUAUAUAUAUAUUGUUUCAAUAGUAGUUAAAUGCAUACCUGCCAAGUCUCCUGUUUUUUGAAGAAGACUUCUGUAUUUAACGACAAUCUCCUGUUUACCCGUAUAGUCUCAAAUUUCCAUAUUUGUUGCAUACAUUUUUUUAAGCAAGAAAUUUUGGCAAUAAAAUGUCUGCUGAUGGCAAAAAUACUUCUCUUAUUCCUUUACAGAAGGUGCUAUUAAAAUGUAAUUUUGCUUAACAAAAACAACAAUGUCGUUGGAAUUUUCAAAUGCAAAUGAGACAACAGAGUUAUGCAGCCAAAAAUGCAUUGAAUGUCAGUAAUCCAUUCUUCAAUUUAACAGUUAAAUUGUUUAUCGAUAAAAAAAUAUCACAACAAUGGACAAUUAAAGUUAGUUAAUUGUAGUUCAGGACAUUUUUUAAGAAUUGUCAAAAAAAAAAAAAAGAUCUCUCACUGAAAGAUUAAAAUUAGUAGACUACAUAGGCAUGCAUUGUGCCAGAAAGCUUUCCUUUUAGUAUGCUAUAUAUUCAUGUCACAAAUAUUUAAAUCGUUUCUCUAGCAGUUGAAAAAUGCAAUUUUGCUUAACUAAUACAACAAUAUCGUUUGAAUAUGGUUUAGAAAUUUUCAAACGCAAUUGAGAAAACUAAGUAAUGUACCCAAAAAUAUAUUAAAUGUCAGUCAUCCAUUCUGCAUUUAAAUGAUUAAACUGUUUAGCAAUAAAAAAAUAUUACAAUAUUGGCAGGUUAAAGUUACUUAAAGGUAUGCAUUACUCCAGAAUGCUUUCCUUUUAGUAUGCUAUUUAUUCAUGUAUCAUCAGAAAGUUAAACGUUGGGACAAACAAACUGUUGAGAGUGUCAGAUCAAAAAUAAAGUGAUCAAUCAAAUUAUCGAUUA